AUGUUUAUCUUCGUCAAUCCUGCACAGACUAAUCCUACACAGUCCAGCUUUGAAACCAACAAUCACAUAAAUUCAAAUUCCAAAGAUGAACUUCAACUAGUGGCUAGUGAACAAAAAGGAUUUUUAAGUUUUAUAUUCAAGAUUAAGAUGCCGAUAGUAACAACAGCUUUGUCUUGUGAAUUAGAGUAUGGAACUCGAAUAUUUGCAUGGUUUCAAUUUGUUACUAAUUGUUUCGUUGCUUUAUUGCAUUUAAUGUUUCUGAUGCUUGAGAAUGAACAAUUUUAUCGAUGUCUGCAUUUUGUAAUAUUUACCAUCUCUGCUUAUUUCGCAUGGCAACUAAUAUCUGGAAUUAAUUCGAUUAAAGAAAAUAAAUCAAAGAAAAGAGGAGACUUUCAUAAUAGGACACAAAAUGGCUAG